AUAAAAGUGCCACGACUCCACAGGCUGGACUCCAUGUUGUGUUGUUUUCUGGAGCAGAGAAUUGGUUUUACAGACAGUUAUUUCUUAUGUUCUUAUGUUCUUAUUUAGCGUGAAACCGGUCGAUUAAGACGAUCAGACAGACGGAUUGGUUCAAAAGAAAUCCAUCGAGUUGGUGAUCUGUUCCUGUGGAAGGGUCCCCUUGGAAAGCAGAAGGGAUGAGAGGACUGGGUGUUUUGCGGAGAGCUGAUGGGGUCGUGCUCUGUCUCCUUCUGCUGGUGUACUCUGCACACGCAGACAAUUUUAAAGUGGAAGUUCCAGUUGAACCCGUGUCUGCCCAUGUGGGGAGCAGCGUCCUGCUUCCCUGCCGCAUCUCCACAGGUGCCAGCGCCGUGGGGAUGGAGGUGAGGUGGGUGAAAAACGGAAAUGAAACCGUGCAUGUCUACGUAUCCGGAGCCGACCUGGAAAGCCGGCAGAGCCUAGGAUUCAAAGGCAGAACUCACCUCGAUAAAGAAGCACUGGGAGCCGGGAACGUGUCUCUGCAGCUGAACGACGUCAGAGUCUCGGACGAAGGAAGCUAUCAGUGUUACGUAGUUUCAGAGAGCUGGUUCACUGACUCCACCAUGAAAUUAAAGGUCUCGGCUGUGGGCAGCUCCCCGCGCUUCACUGUGGCUGGCCGGCUGGACAGUGACGUCACUCUGCAGUGUGACUCGGAGGGCUGGUUUCCUAAGCCGGAGCUGCAGUGGAGGAAUGUGAAGGGUGCUGAUUUAACAGGGAGGGCUGUUCUCACUGAGAAGCCAGGAGCAGACGGGCUCUUCACUCUCCAGAGCGCUCUGCAGAUAUCGGAACAGGAGGCCACUGAGAUCACCUGUCUUAUAAGACACGGGGAGGAGAAGAGAGUCCUGGAGACCCGAGUCCACAUCGACGGUGAAUUCUUCACGCUGGUCUCCCCCUCGUGGAAAGGCUUGUCAGUGUUUUUAAUAGUUUGUACGAUAGCCUUCAUAGUCCUCAUCGCUGCGGGUGUGUACAAAUACAAGAAUCUCAGAGGUAUGGACCAUGACUUACAGCAGGUACCGCUAUUGAAACUCUUCUAUUUUAUCUCAACAGAAUCCAAAGGAUUUGUCCUCAAAUCAGAAUGGAAGCAGAUUCAAAGUCAAACAGUGGCUGUGACUCUGGACCCUGAUACAGCACACUGUCAUCUCAUUGUGUCUGAAGAUGGGAAACGUGUCAGCAAUGACUGCAAUGAGAAGAAUGUCCCCAACACUGAAUGGAGAUUUGAUUUCUAUCCCUUUGUGCUGGGCAGGGAGGGGUUCACCUCAGGGAGACGCUACUGGGAGGUGGAGGUGGGGAAGAGGGAUAACUGGAAACUGGGUGUGGCCAGCGAGUCUGCCAAGAGGAAAGGACAUUUCGAUCUAAGUCCCAAGGAAGGUUACUGGGUGCUCCAGUUAAUGUGUGGACAUGAUCUCAGUGCCUUGACUGACCCCGAGACCCCUCUCAAGGUGCUGCCCCCCCUGAAGGUCGGGGUGCAUCUGGAUUAUGAAGAGGGCAGGCUCUCUUUUUACAGGGUGGAGGAUCGUGGUGUUAUUUACACCUUCCUGGGGAAAUUCUCUGGGAAACUCUUCCCUUUAUUUUAUCCAGGAGAAGAAGGGGAAGAACUUGUGAUCCUGAACAAACAAGAUCAGUCGGAGAAGUCGGAUUCAUCAAAGGCAGAGCCGAACAGCAUCCCCGUGUAAUUGUUCUGUUUGUAUAAAGGGGAAUCUCUUUACAAGUGAAUUGGAAAUCCCAGGAACCUCCACAUUUUAUUUGAUGUCAUUUUAAAGGAGAGUACACUGUCCUAUCUUUUCUUUCAGUACAGAUGUUGUCCAUUGGCAGUGAAGAGGUUCAAAUAAACUGGGAGAACUCUCCCUGUAAAGUUGGCACCACACCAAAAAUCACACCCAAAAAAAAAAAGUUAAACAAAAACAAAAAUUAAAAUGUUGCUCUAGAGCAAAAUCUCCUUGAAUCCGCCCCAAAGGCUCUGCUGAGAUUCUCUGUUUAUAUCGCUGAUUAUUAUUUUAUAUCGUAACUUAACAGGCUGAGGUCUGAUCUCCAAUACUUAUGAGAAAGAAAAUAGAAUAGCUUUUUAUUUUGUUUGUAUUUUUUCUAAAUAUGUUAAUGUCAGUUUUCUAAAUGUUUUAACAAACUUAUAAUUGGUUAUUAAAUACUGUUCCACAUGGUUAACUUGGGGAUAUAUAGGAGGCUGUGUGGUCCAGUGGUUAAAGAAACAGGCUUGUAACCAGGAGGUCCCCGGUUCAAAUCCCACCUCAGCCACUGACUCAUUGUGUGACCCUGAGCAAGUCACUUCACCUCCUUGUGCUCCGUCUUUCGGGUGAGACGUAGUUGUAAGUGACUCUGCAGCUGAUGCAUAGUUUACACACCCUAGUCUCUGUAAGUCGCCUUGGAUAAAGGCGUCUGCUAAAUAAACUAAUAAUAAUAACUGCCACUGGCAGAGUCACGAUGGGCUAAUUUCUGAGUAAAUUCUGUUUUUUAUGUUAAUUGAGUUUUAAAUCAUAGAAUUGUAUUUGAAUACAGGACAAAAUACUGCUGUCGAGGGAAAUCUGAAAUUAUCCCGGGGGAAAUUCAGUAAAGAAACAUUAAAACCCGAUUCUGGGUGAAUUUCACACUCCGCUGGUUGUUGACAGAUAAACAACUAAUUUUAUUUAUUUAUUUUUUUUACACAAAUUGAGCUAUUAGUUUAAAUCAUGUUUUCUGGGGGUGACGUUCACCCCCCUAGCCAAAUCUGCGUCUGCUAAAUGACUAAUUAAUAAUAAUAAAUUCACUUUUUUCUUUAAUUCCUUCCUGUUUUUCCCCCGUUGGGAAUAUUCCUGGGCCAUUAAUGCACAGUUCAAUUACAUGUGCAAUUAGCAUUGUGUCAAUGAAACAUAAUUGUUAGUUAAUAUAACAAAAACGAUGGCCUGUGUUUGUGUUCUACACAGAUGGAACUGUGUGCUGUCAGGAAGUGUAGGGGGUGGGGGGGAACUAUUUUCCAGAACACAGGAAGGAACGGAGGACUUCAUUUUGGGUUGCGCCGAGUGUAAAUGGGCUUCUGGGAAACACAAAUAGGGUCUUUUAGGAGAUUUUACUAAAUAUAGUGCUGAAUGAUUCACGUUUUUGAAGCAAUUCAUAACAGAGCGCUGUUGAAUAAAAACCGUGUCGCUUUGUGUUGAUUCCUCCCACCCCGUUUUCACACUUUUUAUAAGAUUUUCAGAGUGUUCAAAUGGUUUUGUGUAUUAUUAUAAUUUUUUAUUUUUAGUUUUUGUAUUAUUUUUUUUGCACAAAGUUUAAAGCCCAUUGCUGACUUUAACGGAAGUUUAUAACUAAGGUUUGGGCUGUAAGGACUCACUGCCCAUUCUGUUUUUUUAUGUUAAAUGUAUACAUUUGAUACAUUGUGAGCGACAGGAUGCAUAUUUGAAGAUUGUAAUUAAAAAAAAAAACAUUUUAACCAAACU